AUGGUGGACAAAGGCAUUCUACAGGAGAAGUACUAUCAUGGGCUGUUGCCACGCGAGGAUAUCCGAGUAAGCAAGCGCGAAAUUUGAAUCUAAGAGUUUUCCGCGUCAAAAACCAUAAAAACGGCAUUUUGCUGUGAAAUUUUGCGCGCUCGAACAUAAAACAUUCUCAUUUCGGAAAACCAAAAAGGUCGCAAUGAUAAAAGGUUGGAAAAAAUGGCAAAAGAUCGGAAAAAAGUGACAAAAUGUCGGAAAAAAUGCCAAAAGGUCAGAAAAACUGCUAACAUACCUGUUUUCUGACUUUUUGUCACUUUUUUCCGACCUUUUGGCUUUCCGACCUUUUGUCACGGACUCUAAAAUUUCCCGCCACAUUUCGGUAGAGCGCAUUUGCAUACCCGUUUGCAGGACAUGCUCAACAAGCCGGGAGAGUACCUGGUCCGUACGUCGGAGCCCACAAAAGGCGAGAAGCGUCAGUUUGUGUUGUCGGCAGUCGGCGCCGGACAAACAUCGGUAGGCGGCGGCCGUAAAAUUCCUAGGCCAUCGUUCGAUUUCAGCCGAAUCACUUUGUGAUCCGCGAGGCGGACCACAAAGUGUUUGUGGAGCAGAAGGGAUUCGCGACGAUCGUCGAUCUCGUUGCCCAUUACGUGAGCACAAAAGAGAAGAUAUCGACAAAGGACGGCAGGGUGCAGGUGACGUUGAAAGUGCCGAUCGACCGGCAAAAGUGGGAACUGAACCACGAGGACGUGGUGUUGACGAAGAAGUUGGGCGAAGGCGCGUUCGGCGAGGUCUGGAAGGGCGAACUCGUCAAAGUGCUCGUCAAGGGACAGCCGGCGCCGGUGGCCGUGAAGACCGCGAAGUUGGAGGCGUUGACGAAGGAGCAGAUCAAGGAGAUUAUGCGGGAAGCGCGCCUCAUGCGCAAUCUCAGUGUAAGAAAAAAAAACUUUAAAAAAAGGGGCGGAGUCUACUAAAGUUGUGUUUCAGCACGUGAACGUGGUCAAGUUUUACGGUGUGGCUGCGGGAACGGAGCCGCUCUACGUGAUUAUGGAGCUGGCGGACGGCGGAGCUCUCGACUCGGCGCUCGCCAAACUCAAUUUUCCGAUGGUGCGAAAGUACGAGCUGAUCUAUCAGGCCACUCUGGGCAUCGCCUACAUUCACGACAAGAAUCUGAUGCAUCGAGACAUCGCCGCACGUAACUGUUUGUACGGCGGAGGACAGGUGAGUCCAAAAUGGGCGACGAUUUGGACACGAGAACCGUGAGACGUUCAGGUCAAAAUUGCGGAUUUUGGGCUGUCACGCGAGGGUGUCUACUAUAAGAUGGAUCUGAAGAAGAAGGUGCCCAUUCGUUGGAUCCCUCCGGAGACGAUUCGGUCGGGUAUUUACACGCCGAAGACUGACGUCUUCUCAUUCGGAAUCAUGGCCUGGGAGAUUACGGAGGACGGAAAGGAGCCGUAUCCGGGCUUCAAAGUGGUCGAGGUGGCGAUGAAGGUGCUGCAGGGCUACCGACAGGACUUUCGUUCGGAUGUGAGCGCCGAGUUUGCCAACUUUAUAAAGGAGCACACGUGGAACGAGAAGGCCAACGACCGGAUGACGAUGCGCGAGAUUUCCAAGUGGAUGAAGGUGUUCGUGAAGGGACAGGGCGGAGAUCCGGGCAAGAGUGGAGUGAGUCCCGAGAAAGAUGGAGGAUCUUGAGACCCCCUCCUUUUCAGGUCAUCUCGAACAUAUUCGCAAAGAAGGGAAAGCGCUCGAAGGAGAAGUUGGGCCGGACGGGGUCGAAAGCGUCGCAAACGACUUCGGGAACCACGGCCGCACAAACGCAGGGCGCCGUGACUUCGGCCAAUCCGGGAGAGACGACGAUGCCCGAAUAG